AUAUUAUUUUUCCAUCUCGAGUCAGCUGUGAAGAGAGAUCAAUUUGGCGGGUUCUCUCAACUUCAAACACUCGCGCUUUUUCUGCUGACAAUCUACAAGCUUUCUGCUUUUCUGGUCUCAGUCUCAUUCCAUCUCACAACCGUCUCGCAGGGUGCUUCCGUAGAUGUAACCCUCUUGCCUAGUUGAGUAAUUGAUGAAAAGAAGAGGGAGACCUUCUUGCAAUAGAUAAGGAGCCGCCUGCUGAGAGCAUUACGGAAACCCCGAGCAAGGGUUCUGUGGAGUUACAGCAGAGUGGACAGGAGGAGGCGGAGAGGGAAGAACCAUUUUUGGAUGACAGAGUAGCGAUAGAUGCGCACGGGAUGUGUUAGUGAUGGGGGCACCGCUUCUUGUGGCACCUGACGCAGUGGUGUUUAAGCCCAGUAAACCUAGAUUAUAAAGUGGUCGUCAGUCAGAAUUGUCGAGUUUAUUCUACUUGUCAGAUUAUCCCAAGAACCAUGAACAUGUCGCCUCCAGACCGCAGGAAAAACGUGCGAGAUUUGGCGUUGGAAAUUGGCAUUCGAGUUUUGCUUUUCGGAGUUUUUGUGUUCACAGAGUUCCUGGAGCCAUUCGAGAGGGUGAUCCAUCCGGAAGAGCUCUGGCUUUACAAGAACCCUCUGGUCGAGUCUGACCACAUCCCCAAGAGAGUCAUGUUUGCAAUUUCAUUCCUAACUCCCCUGGCGGUGAUCUUUGUAGUGAAGAUCAUCAGAAGGACAGACAAGACCGAAAUUAAGGAGGCGUGUCUAGCGGUCUCCCUGGCUUUGGCUUUGAAUGGAGUCUUCACAAACACCAUCAAGCUGAUAGUGGGCAGACCCAGGCCGGACUAUUUCCAGCGCUGCUUCCCAGACGGGCAGUUAAACGCUAAGAUGCUGUGUACUGGGGAGCCGGACCUGGUGUCAGAGGGCCGCAAGAGCUUCCCUAGCAGUCACUCCUCCUUUGCGUUCUCUGGCCUCGGCUUCACCUCCUUCUACCUGGCAGGGAAGCUGCAGUGCUUCACGGUGGCGGGUCGUGGGCGCAGCUGGCGUCUGUGUGCCAUGGUGCUGCCCCUCUACAGCGCCAUGAUGAUCGCCCUGUCCCGUACCUGCGACUACAAACACCACUGGCAAGAUGCGUUUGUCGGUGGAGUGAUUGGUAUCAUCUUCGCCUACAUUUCCUACCGGCAGCACUACCCUUCUUUCCUGCACACGGACUGCCACCUGCCGUACGCCAGUCUCACCAGCUCCACCCAGAUGCCCUCUGCCCAGGACGAUGCCCAGCCCAGCGACAACGCCACCUCGCUGCCCCUGGAGGGGAUGACUGAGGGGCCUGUAUGACUUCUGGCUAGCCGGACCCCCAUCGCCCCACUCACCCAGUCCCACACCCCACUCACACAGACAGACUGAUUUAACACUUAUACAUUCCAGUGGACAGUACUGUACUCUCUCAGUAACACCCCACCUCCCCUCUCUCUCUCUGCCUCCAUCCGGGUCGUUUGUUUAGUUGUUUCUGAAUCAGCACAGGAGCCUGGAUGUGUACACGUGAGUGUGUCAGUGCGUGCGUCUGUGUUCCUAUGGGAACAUGGGACAACACUGUAGAGCAAAGAAUGGUGAAAAGUAUUUGAAGAACAUUUUGAUGAAUACGAUGUGAAUAAUGUCCCUCAGAGCAGCAGGGAUGAAUAUAUGAUCACUCCUGAGUGUUCAGUAAAAUAGCACACUGGAAGCAGCAAGUGAAAAAUGAAGGAAAGACCUGCACACUGAAAUACUGCUUGUCCUACUAUAAUACUUUAACCAUGAACUGUACUGCACUGUAUGCCUGAGAAACAGCAGCUCCUGCAGAGCAGAAUGUGACCAUCAACCGCAGCCUGAUUCCAGUGGGCUUCUCAAUUGUUCUGACUGGCUUCACAUUAGCUGCUGUAGUUGAUCUGAUUUCAUCACUAGUGUGGUUGGUGUUCAGACUGCACAGCUGUCUGAAAUGUCACCGCAAAAGGCAAGCUGACAUGAGAUGUCACAACUCUGAAUGAUUCAUUAGACACAAGUCACCACAUCAAUAAAUAUGGAGGGAGCUCAGACUACCAUAUCUAAAUUGAAUACAAAAACAUAUCAGAAACUAUUUUAAUUCAGAAACGUAUCUAUGAUCCUUUCGGACAGUGGCCCUUCAUUUUUCCACACCACUCUUCUUGAGAGCUGCUGGUUGUCCAUGGCAACAUAACUAUGAAUAUAGAUGAAACCCAUUCUUUGGUAGAGGCAGAAAGGAAAACCCCCCCUCUGUCUUUUCAUCCAUUCCUUUAGUUCUUUAUCUCUGUCUCCAUACUAGU